AUGCUGACAACACUUAAACAAGAUGUUGGUGGAUUUCUGAAAGCAAUGCCUAAAACCAUCCCACUGAAAUGGCUUAAACUCCAGCAUAUGUUGCAGGAGAAUGGUAGGACAGCACUGCGCAUGACGCAUGAUGAGGUCUGUGCUGUUGCCACUAAAUGCGGAAUUUCUGUAAAGAAUCUCAUCCACACCUUAAACUACUUACAUGAUCUUGGAAUCAUUCUGUACUUUGAGAACAACAGACUACUGAAGCAUACGGUGAUAACAAACCCACGGAAGCUGAUUGACAUCUUGAAGAAAAUUAUCACUGUAGUGGAACCUCAUGACAGCGAAAAGUGGGCUACAAUGAUUGAGCUAUGGAAUAAACUUGAUGAAGAAGGAAUUCUUGAGGAAGAGUUAGUCAGACAUCUUUGGAGAGAUGAGCUUGCCAAAGAUGAAUCUAGUUUUGAAGUCUUCUUGGAAUUGAUGAAGCAGUUUGGACUACUCUGUGAGCAGAUCAAGAAUCAGGAAAGCAAACAUCGCUCAUUUUUUGUACCCUGUCGAUUGAAACGUAGCAAAGACAAUGUGUCUAUUCAACUUGAUACAGCUCAGAUGGUAUCUAUCUAUAUGGCCUCCGAGGAUUUCAUCCCUGAUAGUGUCUUCCAUCCUCUAGUUGUGAGCUUGAUUGGAAUGGUACAAGAUAUGGGCUACACAGCCAUGCUGGAAUUAUUUAGCAACUAUGCAAACAUCCGCCUAGGACGUGAACACACUCUCAGCUUAGGACCAGUAGUCAUUGAUAACAAGCCCUCAUUGAAGCUGGAAAUAUUACGAAUGCCUAUCACUAAGGAGGAUGGUACCAAGAUAUCAACAGGUGAACCCAGUCCUAGAGUCUGCAUGCAGGUGUUAGAUUUUCUGAAGAAAGAGAUGAAAGUGCUGACAUCCGGAAUGAAGCACACACGUUAUAAGUUCCGUGCCCUGUGCUGGACAAGCUUGCCAGAAAUGCACUUCCAUGAUUUGGAGGAGUGCCUGGAAAAUGACUGUAUUCCAUGUGGAAAGGAAUUGAUAAGCACAGGCAAACUUCAGAGGAUGUUCAAGAAUAAGCAACUAGUGACAGAUUCUUCAAUGCAAGGAGCAGGUAUCAAUGAUACUGAAGCAGCGCCACCAGAUGAACGUCUUGGUUAUCUUGAAGACAAGCACCUGCUUCGUAUCGCUGAGGGCAUGGGAAUGGAGUGGAAACAACUGGGUGUCAGACUGGGUCUCAGUUGGAACAGGAUCCAACAAAUAUGGAGUGAUAAGAGACGAUUGCCAGAGAGCAUAAUGGAUAUGCUUACAGAAUGGAGGAAACAACAGAAUUACGAGACAAAUCAAGUUGAAAUAAUGUGCAGAGCUUUGAAGGAGCAAGGACUCAGAGAACUUGCUAACAAGUUCUUCAGCUCAGAGGUAUCAGAAGAUCAACCAUCCAGUUUAAAAGCAGUUAGAGUACUCGCUAGUGGACGAUUACAUCAAGUGCACCCGAAACACAAAGGAUUCUUGGCAGACAUUGAUAUGCAAUUUAUUGCUGAGGAGCUUGGCAAGGACUGGAAAUCCUUUGGCAGCAUCAUUGGUCUGAAGGAAGCGGAAAUACAAAGAAUUGAGAUGGACUUUUCACCACCAACUGUGGACUCAAGUCUGGAAAUGCUGGUCAAGUGGCGAGAAAGGCAAAAAGCCAAAGUAAAUCACCUAGUAAAGAUGAGUGAUGCAUUGAAAAAACUUGGAAAGAAGGCUGUGGCUAAAGAACUUCAGAAGUAUUACCAGGAAACUCAUCAAAAAUAAUUCAAGAACAUUUGUAAGGUACACAUUAGUACCACAAUUUUGAAGGACAAUCACAGUGAUUAGGCCAGUGACUAGUUCCCCUCUCCCUUAAGGGAGAGCAGAGACCCCACCCAGCAGUGGUGCCAGCAGGGGGCAGGGUGGGCAUAUGUCUCCCCUUCAGACAGGCCUGGACCCUCUGUGGUCCGACGAAUGACUAGGUCGUCAGAUCAAAAAUUUAAAAAAAAUAUAAUUUGACUGUCCAAAUAACGUUAUUAUAUAGUUUGAUCUGAAAGCACAUUUUAAGCCAAAAAAACUCUCCCCUUGAACCCUAUCAAAUGCUUUUUUUAUUCUAGGCCGUCGACCGAGGCUUCAUAGGCCCUUUGGCACGGACACGUCGGACUCCUCGUCAGCAAAUUUCUGGCACCACCGCUGCUCCCACCACUACAUUUACAACACUUAAUAGAGUUAAUGCCACAGUGUAUCAUAGGGCAAAUAAUGACACCAGAAGAUGUGAUAUGCUAUAGAAAUUAAAUGAUGUGAUAUAAUUAUUAUACAUUAUGUAAAUAAAUAUACUGUAUAUAUAUAUAUAUAUAUGGGACAGGGGUUCUUAACUGGCGGCCCGCGAGUGCACGUUAUGCAUCCCUCGAGAACAAACCGUAUUACAUAUAAUAUUUUCCAUUAGGCUUGUGCCUAGAUUUCUGUUUUGCCGACUAGGCCUAUAUACCGCCCCACAAAUUGCUGCGAUUUAAUCAAUCAAAUUGGAAGAACUAUUGCAGCAAACAGGAAAGAAAUUAAGCACGCCAACUUCUUUUUUGUGCUGCUCUACUACAUGUGUGUAUAGUUGCAUUAUGACUCUGUGUAGUUCCUCAAUCUAUUUAUAGCUAGAACAUCAUUAUUGUUGAAAGGUUUUGCUCACGCCUGACUCCGAGUUCGGGAAACGAGUAGGCGUUCGUUCAAAAUUUCCACGUGGAUAUUGCGGAUACUGUAUUACUGAUGACCCAAUGUGUGGUAUAUAAAAUUUAAAAUUUUGCAUUACCAAACACAAGGUGAACUUUCAAAGGUCAAAAUGAGUAUCUAGCAGCUUAUUAUUUUCAAAAAAUCUGGUGGGGGGGCACCCUCCCCCCACACCUGCGGCGCUCAGAUGGCACUACAUGCUCAGUGCAUCACUAGCCCUGGCCCUUCAAAUUUAUUCAAUUAACUAUUUUGGCCCCUAUUAUGAUAUAGUUGAGAACCCCUGAAAUAAGGAAAUACAUGAGUUAGAAUAGUUUUGUAAAUAUAAAGGUAUAAUAUAUAAAAUAUAUUACAUUCUUGUGAUAGAAUCAUUUUUUGGGACAGGCAAUUUGCUUACAUGAAUUAUGGUAUAAUUUGUUUUUAUAUCUCAAUAAUUACAAUACAUAAAUGUAAUUAUACUGUAUUAGUAAAUACUUUCUCAUUUCAUAUUUAUAUAUUGUAUAUUUUGUAAACUUGUAAGAUUUAAAUAACCUAUUUUUGAUACUGAAAUGCUAAACAUUUUUAAAAUUUAAGAUUUUUAAAAUUAUUUUUUGAAGUCAUAUUUUUUUAAGAAAGAAGAAGAAUAUCUUCAUUUAAUUGAAAUGUUUGGUUACUUGUUUGAGGGCGUUGUUUAGUGUACCUGAACUAAACAUACAUUCAGCGGGAUAAAGAUGAUAGAAAUUUGAGCUUGUCCCCUGGGGACCGGCAUAACCAGACUACAAACGUAUAACGGGCACAUACGAAUACAAACGUUGUACUUAAACUUGCUAUCCAUACAAUCGCUACACGCUAUCGAUGACAGCUUUCCGUGAUGCUGAUUGGUCGAAUUGGAGAACGUUCCCGAUUGUGUCGGGGACUGUUAGUACAACGAUUGCGCUGAAAAGUUUAGCGAUUUUCUAGGAAACCAGGCUCUUCCCACGUAACUUUGAAUGUGGGGAUUAUUUAAAGAUCAGAGCUUUCUUUCUCCAAUGAUAACGCUGGCUGCGUUUGAACAGAAGUAUUCAACACAAGAAGCAGGAACAAUACCUCUCAGCCAACCAACCACUUAGCUUAUUACUACUAUUUAUUUAUUUAAUUAUUAAUAUUAUUAUUAUUAUUUGUAUUAUUAUUAUUAUUAUUAUUUGUAUUAUUAUUUGUAUUAUUAUUUGAGUAUGUUGAUUUGUUUGAUAUCUGAGACUUGUAUUCUAAUGUGAAUGUUUUGCCAUAUUUUUCUAUUGAGGUUUUUCUUUCUAUCUAAUUGUAAGUUACAUGUUAAUUAGGUUUUAUUUUUGCAAAAGUUUUUAAAUAAAAUUGAAAUUGAUAGAUUGAA